AGCAGCAGGAGGUGGAGAGAGAAGAGCGCUGCUCGGGGCGGGGGGGCCCAGCCUUUUCUGCAAAGACGCAGCUGGAGAGCACUUUUUCCUCUCCCCCCCCCUUUACAACUUUCCAGAAGUUUCUCUCGCGGGGUUAUAUAGCCCCCUCCUCCGGGCCGCCGCGUCGCAGAAAGCGCAAAGAGAAGCCCGGCUUUCCUUUCGCCGCCCGAGCGCCAUCUCCGAGAAUGAAAAAGCCAAACGUUGACCACACUAAGAGAAAGUUCCAAGGCUCAGCUGGGUCCCAGCGUCCAUGGCAGCCACCAUGUGGAUGAUCCGACUCCUUGCGCUCUGCGCCUUGGUCCUUGCCGUUCCCCCGGAGGACAAGAAGAAGAGCGAGAAGAAGGCUUCCUCCGGAGACAAGAAGCUGAGCGACAGGGCGGCCGCCCUGGCCGACCGCAGCGCCACCCUGGCCUUCAACCUCUACCACGCCAUGGCCAAGGAGAAGAACAUGGAGAACAUCUUGGUGUCUCCGGUGGUGGUGGCCUCUUCUCUCGGGCUGGUGUCCCUGGGCGGCAAGGCCGCCACGGCCUCGCAGGCCAAGGCGCUGCUCAGCGCCGACAAGCUGAACGACGACUACGUCCACAGCGGCCUCUCGGAGCUCCUGAACGAGGUCAGCAACUCCACGGCCCGCAACGUCACCUGGAAGAUGGGCAGCCGCCUGUACGGCCCCAGCUCCAUCAGCUUCACCGACGACUUCGUCAAGAGCAGCAAGAAGCACUACAACUACGAACACUCCAAGAUCAACUUCCGGGACAAGCGCAGCGCCCUCAAGUCCAUCAACGAGUGGGCCUCCCAGACCACCGACGGCAAGCUGCCCGAGGUCACCAAGGAUGUGGAGAAGACAGACGGGGCCCUCAUCGUCAACGCCAUGUUCUUCAAACCUCACUGGGACGAGAGGUUCCAUCACAAGAUGGUGGACAAUCGUGGCUUCAUGGUGACGCGUUCCUACACCGUUGGCAUUCCCAUGAUGCACCGCACCGGGCUGUACAACUAUUUCAAUGACGAGGAGGAGAACCUGCAGAUGGUGGAGAUGCCUCUGGCGCACAAGCUGUCUAGCAUGAUCUUCAUCAUGCCGCACCAUGUGGAGCCCCUGGAGAGGCUGGAGAAGCUGUUGACCCAGGAGCAGCUAAAGGCCUGGCUGGGGAAGAUGAAGCAGCGAGCCGUAGCCAUCUCCCUGCCCAAAGUCAGCCUGGAAGUCAGCCACGAUCUGCAUAAACACUUAGCUGAUCUUGGCCUAACAGAAGCCAUUGACAAAAACAAGGCCGACCUGUCCAAGAUUUCGGGCAAGAAAGAUCUCUACCUCUCCAACGUCUUCCACGCUGCGGCCCUCGAGUGGGACACGGAGGGGAACCCCUUUGAAGGGGACAUAUACGCCCGGGAAGAGAUGAAAAACCCAAAGCUCUUCUACGCCGAUCACCCGUUCAUCUUCCUGAUCAAAGACAAUAAGACCAACUCCAUCCUUUUCAUUGGCCGACUAGUGAAACCCAAAGGAGACAAGAUGCGUGAUGAAUUGUAGUGUGUGAGCACAAAUAUGCCAUUUGUGUUGGGUUGCGUUUUAUUUUUUUAAAAUGGGGGAAUAUGGUUUAUCUUCUACAAACUGGUGCACCUCGCUAAAAAAUAUUGGAGGUCGUAAAACAGUGGGGAGUUUGGGUCAGGGAGAAGCACAGCUCCCAAAUUUCGUUGUUUAUCCCUAAAAGGGUGGUGUUCACUGCCCGGUGAGAGAUCCUUUUAAUUUGUAGGUGUUUUUGCUGCUGUUAAAUGUGAAACGGGGGUACAACCAGCUACACGCAAUAUUUGGUCACUAAUAGGUGAAAUUCUGAGUUCGUACCUGUUACUUCCAAGACCAAGGAGUCAUUGGGGGAUGAAUUAAAAGGAUUUCUCAUUAGCGCAUUCUUUUGUCAGCUGAAAAGUCCACUUUGUUUUUAGUGGGGACAUUUUCUGAAGUGGAAAAUGAUUCCAAUUCUUUGUGAUGGGUUACAUAAAAAACCACUCUGGUCCCACUCUGGUCCCCAACACUAGGAUUCCCAACUCCUGUAAUGUCCCCUUAGUACCUGUUUCUCUGAAAAUAAGCCGUAGCCAUAAAACAAGCCGUAGCAGGAUUUUUAGGCAUUCAAGGAAUAUAAGCCAUACCCCGAAAAUAAGGCAUAGUGAUAGGCACAGCAGCAAUGCCGGCCAUGGCAGGAGGAGGAAGGGAAAAAAAAUAAGACAUCCCCUGAAAAUAAGCCAUAGUGUUUUUGUUUUUUGAGGAAAAAUAAAUAUAAUACGGUGUCUUAUUUUUGGAGAAACACGGUAACUCUGGUGCUUUUCUUCCUAAGAGGCUACAUCCAUCAUCGAAGGAACGAGCAGCUGAAGAUUGCAUUGGCGAUGGGUGCCUUGUUUUAGCUUCUUACCUUAACCUCCCCAUUUAUUUUCUCCCUUUGUGCCAGGCUCCCCACUGUUGACAUUCCCUUUUACUGGAGUUAACAUUGGCACCUCCUGGCCCUUACUAGCAGCAUUCGUGUAGUAAGGCAAGGAAGCGUUUGGGAUGCCAAAAGAGAGAGAAUGCCAAGAAUAAGCCCAGAGGGGGGAGGGCGCAGGGCAUUGGGCACAAAACAUGGGCCUUACAGUGAACAAUUCACACACUGAAUCCUGGUGCUAUUAUACACUUCGGGAAGAGGGUCUGGGUGGGGAAGAGAACAGGGCAAAGCCCAAUUGUGAGAUGACUGAGUUGUGUUAUGUGAAUGCAAGUAUCAGAUGCCUUUAUUUUCUACGGUCGCACAAAACCUUUGUCGUACGAUUUUUUUGCAAUAAAAUAUUUUUCGGUGA